GCUGGCUGGAGUCCUCUGCAUAUUGCAGCAUCGGCUGGUCGAGAUGAGAUUGUGAAAGCGCUGAUCAAGAAAGGCGCCCAGGUGAACGCUGUCAAUCAGAACGGCUGCACGCCUCUGCAUUACGCGGCCUCGAAGAACAAGCAGGAGAUCGCACAGAUGCUGUUAGAGCAUAAAGCGAAUCCAGACGCCAAGGAUCACUUGGAAUCGACUCCACUCCAUAGAGCAGCAGCCAAAGGAAAUCUAAAAAUGAUCCAGAUCCUUUUGAAGCACAAAGCCUCGGCCAACCUACAGGAUUCAGAGGGAAACACUGCUCU